GAAUUGGUUAGUCCGGUACCCACCUAUUUUGCUCACCCCAAAAUGUUAAUAUGCCCUUUGACACUUUCACAAAGCAUAUCCCUCGUUCAGCUUUCUGUUUUGCUGAGCGACAGUCUGGCUAAUUAGGGUUUAUCGCGAACUCAUCUGCCGAAGGUAAAAUCAUGGGAGACGUGGAUGAAUUUCGCUGUUUCGUGGGUAGCCUUUCAUGGUCUACUACUGAUAGAGGUCUGAGAGAUGCAUUUGAAAAGUAUGGUCGUCUACUUGAAGCCAAAGUUGUGUUGGACAAAUUUUCUGGGCGUUCUCGUGGAUUUGGUUUUGUUUCUUUUGAUGACAAGAGAGCUAUGGAAGAAGCUAUUGAGGAAAUGAAUGGUGUUGACCUAGAUGGCCGUCCUAUCACUGUGGAAAGGGCUCAACCUACCCAAGGCUCUUCUAGGGACCGAGAUGACGACCGUGACCGUGACCGUGGUCGUGAUCGCGGCGACCGUGACCGCGGUCGUGAUCGUGGUUUUGGAGGUUCAAGGGGAUCUGGUGGGGGUGGUGACUGUUUUAAAUGUGGUAAGCCCGGACAUUUUGCUCGUGAAUGUCCAUCUGAUGAUGGAGGUAGGGGUGGUGGUAGGUAUGGAGGAAGAGGUGAAAGAAAAGGUGGUAGCUAUGGACCUGACCGCGGCGGUGAUCGCGGCGGUGACCAUGGUGGGGAUCGCUAUAGUGGCGGAGGGGGAGGUGGAGGUGGACGUUACAGAGAUUCUGGUAGCCGUGGAGGAGGAUAUGGAAGUGAUAGGUACAGCCGCGACCGUUCUGGCCCAUAUGACCGCGCAGGAUCUGGGGGCUACCGCUAAGGGUUUGAAUGCUGUGAAGAUGAUGUUUGUUCUACAGGAUAAUCUUCACGAAGAGAGGGAGCUUUUUUUUACUGUGUUGUACUUAGUGGAAGACAUCUUAUGUGGUUUCAGACUUGGAAUGCGUAAUUAGAGUUGAACUACUUUCUGUUUCUACACCAGGAAAUCCAUUUGUCCCGCUGUGGGAGUAUUUUCUGUUUCAGGAGCUCACUGAUGUUAUGAUGCGAUCUUAUGCUUGCUUAAUGGGGACAUCUGAUUUGGCUCUUUAGAUAUAUGAAUCUUGUUUUCGCUGCCA